GUUGCUGACUACACUACACAUGGGUUAGAGGCUGGUAAUUGCAGGAAUUAGAGCAGGGGGCACUGUGGUCUUGGAGGAGUUCUGAUUGGGUGACAGCGGGAAGGAAAGCCGAAUGGGGGCAGGGCUUGGAGGCCUACUCAAGGCAAGGUCAAGAACUGUCCCAGCAGGGGUCAGGACCGGAAGCCGGAGUGGGAUUAGGCUCAGGUCAGGGCCAACUUCCCGAUAGGUCCUGGAAUCUGGGAUGGGCACUAGGGUGGUGAGGGUCGCCUGUGGGCCCAGUCCUCUAUUCUUGUCCCUGAUACUUCUGCUGCCCCUGAGCCUCAAGGCUGGCUCUGUUCUGAAGUCUAGUGUUCCCAGCCCCUCAAAGUUGUCUGGGGUAGCACCAUGGAGAGCGGGGCCACAGCAAGGCUGGGAACCGUUGACCAGCGGGCACCAGGAUUCUAUGAGCGGAGCAGGAGCAAAUCCCAGGCCCCAGGGGACUAUCAGGUUCUGUUGGGGAAUACUCAGCUAUACCAGAAAACACAACACACUCAGAAGAUGUCUGUGAAUCGUAUCAUCAAACACCCAGACUUUGAGAAGUUUCAUUCCUUUGGGAGUGACAUUGCAAUGCUGCAGCUGCGUCUGCCCGUGAACUUCACAUCCUAUGUUGUGCCUGCCUGCCUCCCACCUAAAGAUGCACAGCUCCACAACCACACAUCCUGUUGGAUAACUGGAUGGGGAAUGCUUUCUGAAGACACAAAACUGUUACCACCCUUCUCUCUGCAAGAGGGCGAAGUGGGCAUCAUUGAGAAUGAGUUCUGCAAUGCGUUAUAUGGGCGAAGACCAGGCCAAAACAAGGACUAUGUGCAUGAGGAAAUGCUGUGUGCUGGGGGCCUCUCCACAGGAAAGUCCAUCUGCCGGGGUGAUUCUGGGGGUCCCCUCAUCUGCUACCAAACCAGUUCAUGGUUCCUAGUAGGACUGGCUAGUUGGGGCAUGGACUGCCGGCAUCCCAUUUACCCUAGCGUCUUUACCAGGGUCACCUACUUCACUGAUUGGAUCAACCAAGUCAAGGGACUUACCCCACUUCCAGAAUCUGGAUCUGUGUCUCCUCACACAGAACUACAACCUAUGCCUCUGAGAGCUGCUGGCUCCCCACAAACCUGCAGCAUCUUCACAGUUGUACAAAUCUGGUUCCUGUUGGUAUUUAUCCCUGAGGCUCAAGACCAGGCCCCAGGGUGAGCACCCGGCCUUUGGGCAUUCUUUGCUCAGGCUUCCCUAAGCUAUAGCCUCCACUCUUUAGUUUACCAUCUGAAUCUUUUCCUCAGCAUAUCUGCCCAUUCACUGCCACUACUAAAACAAGCCUAGAAAAGCCAAGCAAUAAAGCCUCAUCCUCCCUCAA